AUGUUUAAUAUUAGUAGUAAUAGUAAUUAUGUACAGUUAAAUGAAAAUACAUGGUUUCCUCUUACUCAGAGGAGAACCGAUUCGGUUACUUUGAAGAUGAAACUGAAUCCGCGACAGGCACUCAAGACAUUCACAUUGCCCAAUCAAGUACCGUUUACAUUGAUGCUAGUCGACAAUCCAUAUGAAAGUCUCUCUUUCUACUUACAUUGUCAAACUGGAAAUCAUAGCACCGUCAAAAUAGAUUAUGAAAUAACACUUAAACAUCCUGAAUAUAAAAAUAAAGAUAUUAAAAAAUGUGGAUCAUUUGAAUUCAAAGAAAGUAAUUCGUAUAUAUAUGAAGAGGAUUUCUUGGAUUCUUCAAAAGUUAAAAGAUACACAAACAACAAUCAAGAGAUGACAUUGGUGAUAAAGAUCAAUCAGGUGCAGGAAAAGAAAAAUGGAAUAUUCAAUCAUAUAGUGGAUGAGAUCGAUAAGGUCAAUAAGUUGUUUAAGUACAAUGAGAUGGCACAGCAAUCACUGAUACACUCUUUCUACUUUAUGCCUUUCUUGAAGCGUUGCAUCCUCGAGAUACCACGAUCCAAUUUGAAUGCAAUCGUCGAGUCGGAACCACAACAAUCGCGAAACUGGGAUAUCACUGAGAAUCGGCUGACCUCUGCCAUCAAGAUGUCGGGUUCACUCGGUCUGGCGCCGAGCAACAUCUACGAGUUCGAAACAAUCACCACGAAAAUGAUCAAAAAGAUUGCGCAACUCUCGGACGAAGCGAACAAGGAAGAAUUGAUCUACCACUUCUAUAUGGGACUGGGCGGUGUCUACAACGAGACCGAUAUGCACGCCAUCAAGGUGGAGGGAGACAUCAACUUGGACAUACUGAACUACAUGAAGCGCGAGUCACUAAUGGUACGAAUGAUCGAGCAGUUCCCACCGGUACUCUUCAUUUCACUGCCGACCAGUGAUAUCGCGGGUAACGACCAUCUCAGAAACAUAUCGACCACCUUCCGAGAGGAUUUCUACUUUGAGGAGGUGUUGACCGAGGACGAAGUAAUGGAUCCGCGAUCCAAAGAGAAUCACUAUAUCCUCUACAGUGUUUGGUGUCAUGAGCAUCCCUCAAACAACGCUAAACAGGGUGAGUUCUUUACUUUCUUGCGACCACUGGAUCAACCUCACUGGGUUAAAGUCUCAUCGAAAUCAGUCGAGGAAGUACAUCACUUUAACUAUGUAUUGGGUUGCUCAGCUGGAAAAGCAAGAUCUGAACUUGCCGAUAAUUCAAGUGGCUUCCCUCAGGAAGCAAGAAGUUGGAAAUCAACAACUAGUUAUGCUUAUAUGUUGGUAUACGUUUUAGAAUCAGAGACAAAGAAACUCUUUAAUGAAGAGGAUUCAAGAUAUAAUAUAAAUUUAGACGAUCAAUUAUCAAAAGAAAAAAAGUUAUCAUAUGAUGAGAUGAAUGAUGCAAUGCAAUCAAAAGAUGUUAACACCACGACAACAACAACCACUACUACCACCAUUUCACCAGCAGCAGAGUUGCUACCAAGUAUUGAUGAUCUUUCAUUGGAACAAAUAGAAGUACCAAAUUUCACUGGAAUGGAUGAAUUAAAGAUAUUCGGAAGUCCUAUAGAUGAUAGUUUCAUUAAGAAGGGUAAUGGAAAGAGUAGCAGUAAUAACACAACAUCCACUACUACUACAACGAGUAGCAGUGGUAAAAGUAAUACAACCAAUGCAUCAUUAAAUAAAUAUGAGAGACGUUUGGGAAUAUCAAAACUACAGAAUGAGAAUCUAAAGAAGGAUGUAGAGUUUAUAAAGAAGAAUACCGAUACAAACAAGAAAGAGCUGGACAGACUGAAAAAGACAUCCGAUGACUAUCGCAAACAAAUAGACCAGUCGAAUGACAAACUGAAAAAGGCAAACAAAGAGAGAGACAACAUUAGAAGCGAUGUCGAUCGUCAGAAAUCGUUUGCCAACAACCAGCUCAAGUCGCUCGAAGCUCUGAGAAAGGAGUUGGCUGCCACCAAAAAUCAAAAAUCCGCGGUCGAAGCUGAACGUGACACCAUCCACAAACAAGUGCAAGAAGAGAAAAAGAAAUCCAACAAAACCGAUCCAAAGUUACUUCAAAAGCGUUUGGAAGCAAUGGAGUUAGAGAACAGUCAGCUCAGUGGCGAAUCAUCUCUUACACAAUUGGAUCAUGAACAACUAACAGUUAUUGGACAUAAACUUAGUAAAUCUAUAUUCAACAUUAAUGAACAACUUUUGACACUUAGUAAAGCAAGAGUAUGUGUCAUUUGCUCAGAACAAGCGAGAGAAAUAUGUUUCUUGCCAUGUAGUCAUUUCGUUACUUGUUUGAAUUGUUCGACUAUCAUUACAAAAUGCCCAAUCUGUAGAAAGGAUAUUAAUAAAAAGAUUAAAGUAAUUAAUAACUAA